AUGAAGCCUCCUUCCAAACACUCUGGGAGUUUCCUCCCGCAGGCCAACCACAGCACCGGGGAGCGCUUCCUCCUGCUGGGUUUCUCCGACUGGCCCGCGCUGCAGCCCGGCCUCUUCGUGCUCGUCCUGCUCUGCUACCUCCUGACGCUGGCGGGCAACUCGACCCUCGUGCUGCUGGCCGUGCGCGACCCGCGCCUGCACACACCCAUGUACUACUUCCUGGGCCACCUGGCGCUGGUGGACGCGGGCUUCACCACGAGCGUGGCGCCCGCGCUGCUGGCCAGCCUGUGCGGCGCGGAGCUGUGGCUGCCCCGCGCGGGCUGCCUGGCCCAGCUGUGCACGUCGCUGGCGCUGGGCUCCGUCGAGUGCCUGCUGCUGGCGGUGAUGGCGCUGGACCGCGCGGCCGCCGUCGUGCACCCGCUGCGCCACGCCGAGCUCGCCUCCCCGCGCCGGUGCCGCGCGCUGGCCUGCGCCUCCUGGCUGGGCGGCCUGGCCAACUCCGCCGCGCAGAGCGCGCUCCUGGCCGCACGGCCGCUGUGCGCGCCCCGCCGGCUGGACCACUUCAUCUGCGAGCUCCCCGCGCUGCUGCAGCUGGCCUGUGGCGGUGACCGCGACGCCACCGAGCGCCGGAUGUUCGCUGCGCGCGUGGUCAUCCUGCUGCUGCCGUCCGCCGUCAUCCUGGCCUCGUACGGCGCCGUGGCCCGCGCCAUCUGCGGCAUGCGGUCCCGGGGCGGCCGCAGCAAAGCGCUGGGCACGUGCGGGUCCCACCUGACCGCCGUCUGCCUCUUCUACGGCUCGGCCAUCUACACCUACCUACAGCCCACGCGCCGCUACGACCAGGGCCGGGGCAAGUUCGUUUCGCUCUUCUACACCGUGGUCACCCCAGCGCUCAACCCGCUCAUCUACACCCUCAGGAACAAGGAGGUGAAGGGGGCAGCCAGGAAGCUCCUGCGCAGUGUGGGGAGAGGGCAGGCUGGACGUCUGAUGGCGCACACCGUGAAGACCCCACAGUGUCUGACCUCAGGAGUCCCCCAAGUUGACAGAGCAAUCCCAGACUCUACCCUGCCAGAGACCCAUCCAAAACAAGGAGCCGCAGUUGCUCGUCCAGGGAAAUCAGUCCAACCUAAUGCCCACCUAACCGGGUCACUAGUGCCACCAAGAGCACUGGAGCCCAAAGCAGAAUAAGGAAUUCCCCUAAGUAGGGGUGGUGCCGCUGGGAUUCAGCUGGGAUCUCUUCUGCACAAGGUGGUUCUUGAGCAAGUUUAGAGAGCAGAAGGGACAAGGCAUGUCUAAGAUGGUGCGAAAAAUGUGUUCUUGACCAGUCAUGAGACACAGAGGGACAGUGACAAAGGAGUGAGUGAGGAAGAUACAGGAAGAUCCACAUUCCCGAGGGAGGAGCAGACACAGAGGUGGGGGGUGCAGGAGGGAGCCAGGAAAAGGCUCUGUCAGCCAGGACCUGGGCACAGCCUCGGGAGUCAUCCAGAGACCAACUGAGAGCCCCCACCUGAAAAAUGCCCCCACCCCAGAGAAGACCUGCCAGACCCGAACGCA